AUCUGCAGGCAGAGGAAAUCUUAAAAACUCUAAUCUGAUCUACCUGUGCAUCAAAUAAUGAUUCCAAUAAGUCAAAUACAUCUUCAAACAAUGUAUUCCACAAACUUGGCAACACAGGAAACCUGAAAUCCUAACCGCAUGAUUCCAGUGGAUCAAAUUCAUCAUUAGGGUUCAAAAAAAAAAAAAAACCAUACCGGAAGGGUGCGUGUAUAUUUGAAAGGGGGUACCCCAUCCGGGUUUAACAACUUCCGGGUUUGUAUGGAUUCCGAAUUUGGGUCAUAUAGAAAACUGUGUUCCGGACUUAUCUCUUGAUAUAGGCAUCUUGUUCCGGACUUCUUCAUUCUCUACCAAAACCCUACUCAUCUGUUCGCAGAACCCACCCUUUUCUCUCUGUGUUGGCAUUAAAUAGGCAUAUUGUUCCCGACUUCUUCAUUCUCUAUCAAAACCCCUUUUUCUGGCUCUGUUCGCAAAACCCCCCCUUUUCUCUUUGUGUUCGCAUUAGAAGUUCAAACAACCAGAUAUGGCAGAACAACAAAAUCAACAUGUUCCCGAACGUCACUUUAUAUUGAAGCAUAAUCAGAUUGCCCUUUUGGAUGAAAAUCUUCGUGGGAUUGACGACUAUAGGGAGAUAAUCCGUUUUCUUCGAAGGUCAAGAAUUGCUCAUGCACUUACUGCAAAUGUUCGUAUAGUAAAGUCUUACAUGGAGCAUUUCUGGGCAACUGCUCUCGUGAAUAACGACACCAUUGAGGCUACAGUCAAUGGACAACAGAUCGUUAUCACGGAGGAGGUUAUUCGAGUGGCCUUGCAGUUAGGAGAGCUCGAUCAUGGCGAAAUUUGUUAUGAUGCAACCAUUAGGGAACGCGCAGUUAGACACUUUGGCUACUCUGGACCGUUGCCGUCAAGGCAAAUCAAUAAAGGAAUGCUUCGAGAGAAAUGGCGCUUCUUUUUUCAUGUUAUAAUGCAAUGUUUUGCUCCUAGAAAAUCGGGAAUGGAUGGGAUGGGACAUAAGUUGUUAUCGGCCAUGAUCGGUUUAACUUUCAAUCAACCGUACAACUUUGCGCGAAUGAUUUUACGGGCGUUGCAGACACAAAUUAGUUACGAGGCUGGAAAUGCCAAGUUGAUGCUGCUUUACCCAAGAUUCUUAAUGUUGAUCUUCAAACAUCUUAUACCGAACAUUCCAAUUCAUGAAGGCUUACCACAACUUGUUCAGACACCAAUGACGAGGCGUAUUUUUACGCAUUGUCGCAACGUCAAACCGUCGGUGCAUUCGAACGCUCUUCCGGAGAUUCGACCAAUGCUCGGUGCAAUCUUACAAGCUGAAGACUAUAAUCUUGCAGCUGAUCAAACAUGGAUUGAAAUCACCGCGGGAGUAAAUCAACUGUUUGGUAGAAUUGUCGGGGAUGAUGUAGAAAUGGAAGUAGAAAUCGAACAAGCGGGCCCAAACCUCGAUGAAAGUCGAGAUAUGUUACUUGAAGAAAUUGAUGCAGCCUUAGAGACCGAAGCUCCAACUGCUAGUUCUUCGAAAGGCAAAGGGAAGUUGGUCGAAGAUGAUGUGGUUAUGCUUAACGAGAAGGAAUAUUUAAGGACGGUGAGACAAGAUUUAGUUGCAAAGUUAUCGGAAGAGGAUCAAGCCAAGCUAGCUGCUUUCAGAAAUAAGGUCGAAUCGCUCGGUCCUACUUCCGAGUGGGCUUUAAAGUUAGCUAUUUGGAAUGAUAAACUUACGGAUCUUGAUGCCUUACCUGUUGAUUCUUCCGAUAGUGAUAGUGAUCAUGAUGGACGACCAGAUGUUGUUCCGGUUAGUCAAUCAAAGCAAAUCAUGAACUAUAAACGACGAAGAAUUGGUGAAGGUUCAAGUUCGUCUCCCGGACUUUCUGAAGCAGAAUCUGUCUCAACUAUUGAUGUCUCGGCUGCUGUAGUCACAACAGUCACUGGUGGUCUUUCCGUCUUGGGAGUUCCGGCUUCCUUAUCCCUAGUUAUAGCUGCUAUCCCGGUUCCGAGUUCUAUGGAAUUGAUCUCUGAGGUUGGUCCUCGAAUGCCAACACCACGACUGGAAGGCCCAAGACCAACAGUACCACAACCAAGACCUCGGUCAGCAGCCGAGCCUAGCCGAAGUGAACCGAUGUUUCCGGAAUAUGUGCAGAACAAGUUUGAUGAAGUUCACAGGUUUUUGGCUGAACAAACAAAGAAUAUUAAAGCAAAUCAAGAUCUCAUUAAGGAGCAGCAGAAAACCAUCAAAGAGCUACAAAAGAAAGGCGAAUUAUAUGAAAAACAUCUUUUACGGAUGGCUGCUAAUAUUCACGGUUAUGCUCAACAGAUUGCUAUCCUUAUAAAACGUGAUAUCGCCUCCACCACAAGACAUCGGGAACUUUGUGUAGCGAACGAGCAAAUACGUCGAAUUGUAACUGAGCUUGUGGAGCUAUUUGCUGCUCAGGGGGAGAGCGGUAGCAACAAAGAAUUACAAGUCCAAGCGCAGUGCAAACUUGAUGAGCUCAAAAAGAUUUACGACGAUCUUGAUAAAGACAAGGAUCCCAACGCUUCACAGCAGAGGGAGCAGCCUGUGACAACCGGCAAAACUAAUGGUAAUUCCGUACAACUUAACAACUAUUUAUACGUUUAAUUGCAUUCAUUUAUGACUUAAUUUGUGCAUGAGUAGGUCAUACAAGUUUAGCAACCUUAGGAAAUAUUGAAACUUGACAAUUGAUAUUGUUACUUUCGUUGCGUCGCAAGAAAACAACUAUGUCCUAAUAUUCAUGCCAGCAAGUUCUGAAAACUGUCCGAAACAACUAACGGAUGAUGCGACAAGCGUAUCAUCACAUUUACAUGAAUAAAAACCUUAUUUAGUGGCACAAAUUGCAAAACUACUUUAACUUUCCGGAAAACGCCUAAACUAUUAAAUCGUCCGAUCCGCAAUAUAAUAUAACAAUUAUAAGUGUCCUCGAUGCAAAAUUCAGCUUUUGCAAUGUCCAUUAAACUUGUAAAUGAUGUUAAACACCUUAAACAAACCCGAGAAUAUCAACGGGAUAUCAAAGACAUAGCUUCCGGUAUUAUAACACACCUUUCACAUAUUGUCCGGUUUCGAGCCGACGAGUGAACUAGUGAUAUUUUUAUUAUCCUAACACCUAGUUAACUAGUCUAAUGAACUAGUGAUAUUUUUAUUAUCCUAACACCUAGUUAACUAGUCUAAUGAACUAGUUAGACUUAUAUUGGCCUCAUAAACAUCGUUAGACCUCUAAUCAUGCAAGAACUCAACUAAUGAUGAAAAUAUCUAUACUAAAAAUAUAACACAUGCUUAUUUGAAUUGUUCAAUGAAAUGGCCAUGCCUACCCCCACCCCCCCCCCCCCCAAUCCCCCAUGCUUAGAUCUCUGUGAGUGCAUUUUGUAUGUCCAUAGUUAGAAAUCUGUUGAUACGUUAAAUGUCUAAAGUCUUGAGUCUGUAUCAUACAGGACAGAGGUUUCAUUAGGUGUCGUUAGGCAGUGUCAGGUCAGUAUACGGUACGGCACGAUGCGAAGAAACUGAACAAGAUCCAAAGUGAUGUCAUCAUUAUGCUGAUGACAUCAUAUACAAUAUCAUAUGCAUGGAAUGAAGUCUGCAUGAUACAGCAACCAAUUAGAAUGUAUUGGACUCUGGCAGACUUGUACGAACCAGAGAAAUACAACGCAGAUUAGUACGAAGGGAGAAUGGCAGUUUGUACGAACCGGAGUAUACAUGGCAGCUUCGUACGAACCGAGUAUGGCUAUGUUCGUACGAACCUACAACAACUAUAAAUACUUUCCAUGUCCCUUCGUACAUAACACAUCUCAGAGAACACAUGAGAGAACUCGGUUCGUACGAACACAAGUUCUUCAAGUUCAUCAUCUACAUCAAGAACGCUCCCGAUUACGUCAUGUUUAUUAGAUUUCGAGUGUUCUUUGUAUAGAUCGAGUCGAAACUCUGUCCGGUUGUCGUUGAUGCGUAAUAAAACGACGUUUAUUUACGUCUUCGCGCACGAUUACGGUUCAAUUUAACGGAUUCCGCACGUUAAAUCGAAUCCACCGCAGAACUAGAGAUCGUUUACGAUCCGAUCCUGAACUCACAAGUGGUAUCAGAGCCACGGAUGCUCUGCGUGUAAUCGUGAUCGAAAUCGGACGAGUUUCGGUGAAAUCGAAUCUGUUUCGGUUGAUUUUCAAUUGAUUUCGGUUAAAUUUUGUUGAAUUUCAGACAUCUCAGAUGUGUGUUGAUUGAUUGUUGAUGUGUUUUGAACAAGUAGUAAGCUGAUUCGAUCUGUUUCAAAUCAA